UAGCUGACUGCAGAACAGCAGGAAGCCUUUGGCCCUUGCCGGCGACAAAAGCAUUAGGGUUCUUCCACUUCAACAAAACAAAUGAAUAAAUAAUUCAUACUACUAUUACAGUCUCAGGAAGUAAAAGGACAUGGCAAGUUUGGCGGGGACAGGGACGCCGUUGUUGAGAGCGAGGGUGAUUCCGCUACAAGAGAUAGCAGUACUUCCUAUUCCUAUGCUCCGGUCAUCAUUCUACUUGCUUUAUAAUUACAACAAAGAUAUUUCUUCUGGUAAGAAGAACUGUGGUUAUCCUGGAAACGGAAGAUUAACAAGAAGGUGUUUGUCAAUCUCGGCUGCCCACGCAGGGUCACCACCCGGGGAUUCCCAAGUCCGUGUGCGUUUCGCACCGUCGCCCACUGGAAAUCUUCACGUUGGAGGGGCCAGAACAGCUCUCUUCAACUAUUUGUUCGCUAGGUCUAAAGGCGGCAAGUUUAUCAUUCGGAUUGAGGAUACUGACUUGGAUCGAUCCACAAAAGAAUCUGAAGAAGCUGUUCUUCGAGAUCUUUCUUGGCUUGGCCUUGGAUGGGAAGAAGGCCCUGGUGUUGGAGGGAACUAUGGUCCCUAUCGCCAGUCUGAAAGAAAUUCUCUCUACAAGCACUACGCUGAGAAGCUUUUACAGUCUGGUCAUGUUUAUCGCUGCUUUUGUUCUAAUGAGGAACUAGAAAAGAUGAAGGAGAUUGCGAAGCUAAAGCAAUUGCCACCAGUUUACACUGGGAAGUGGGCCAAUGCCACUGAUGAGGAAGUGCAAGAGGAGUUGUCGAAGGGGACACCCUAUACAUGUAGGUUUCGAGUGCCAAAAGAAGGAAAGUUGAAAAUAAAUGACCUUAUCCGUGGUGAGGUUAGUUGGAACUUGGACACAUUGGGAGAUUUUGUCAUUAUGAGAAGUAAUGGACAACCUGUGUACAAUUUUUGUGUCACAGUUGAUGAUGCAUCUAUGGCUAUCUCUCAUGUUAUUAGAGCAGAAGAACAUUUACCCAAUACUUUAAGACAAGCACUAAUUUACAAGGCUCUGGGUUUUUCAAUGCCUUAUUUUGCACAUGUUUCUUUAAUUCUUGCUCCUGAUAGGAGCAAACUCUCCAAGCGUCAUGGUGCAACUUCAGUGGGUCAGUUCAGGGAGAUGGGAUACUUACCUCAGGCAAUGGUCAAUUACCUUGCGCUGUUGGGCUGGGGUGAUGGCUCUGAGAAUGAAUUUUUCACCCUUGAACAACUUGUUCAAAAAUUUACAAUUGAGCGUGUUAACAAAAGUGGGGCGAUAUUUGAUGUGACCAAGCUCAGGUGGAUGAAUGGUCUGCAUUUGAGAUCUCUUCCAACUGGGGAAGUAAUCAAACUGAUUGGUGAACGUUGGAAGAGUAAUGGUAUCCUCACUGAAUCAGAGGGGCUCAUUGUGGAAGAAGCUUUUCACCUCCUGAAGGAUGGAAUUGACCUGAUAACAGAUUCAGACAAGGUUCUUUCAAGCUUGCUGUCAUAUCCUCUAUAUGCAACAUUAACAAGUGCUGAGUGUAAAUCUGUUAUCGAUGAUGGGCUCCCCGAUGUUGCUGCUAGUUUGUUGGCAGCCUUUGAUGGCGGUGAGCUGCUUGGUGCCUUGGAAGAAGGCCAAUCAGGGUGGCAGAAGUGGGUAAAGAGCUUUGGUAAAUCACUGAAACGCAAGGGAAAAUCUCUUUUUAUGCCCCUCCGGGUGUUGCUAACUGGGAAGCUCCAUGGACCUGACAUGGGAUCUACAGUCCUUUUACUCUACAAGGCGGGGAAGUUUGGUGCUGUAGCAUCACAAGUUGAGUUUUUGACAUUAGAUCAAAGGUUUAAUUUGCUGAGAGAGAUUGAAUGGACGUCCUUUCAAAGGGAUCAGCCUGUGUUGCAGUCGGCUACCGGUGUUCCUUAAAGUCUACUGAUCGAUUAGUUUUGCCAUCCAUCUCUUGCCUCUGUUGCCUGUUCUGAAAGCCUGUGCUGUCUGCUCGGCUAUCGUACUCUCUGCACGUCUGAAGCAUUAUAGCCUAGUUUCGGUCAAACUGUGCUUCAUUUGCUGAUAGGAGACAUUCAUCUCUCUUGAGCGCGUUAUGUGGCUUGUUUUCUGGAUUCCUCAACUUUUUCUUUCGUUACGUUCUGAAGAGGAUGACGGUAUUAGCACAUGAAUGAGAUUCUUAAAGGCCUAUCCAUCUGUAUGACGUGCACAUCUGUCUGGCAAGUAUAAUAACAGGAUUGUAUUCCGUGCGCGCUC